AUGCCGGUGGUUAUAGCUCACUUAGAAUCCGCUUUUCCUGGACCCGGCAAAGCACCAACCCAACCAGUUUCGGCUCCAGCAGUCCGAGCACAGUCAGUGGUACCCACGUUCUUCCGUGCUCGUAGGUUGACUUCCCUAUGCAUCCCGACUAAGGUUAUACAGAAGGGUGGAUUGGUUAUAUACUAUUCUGCGCCUUCCUUCUUCGAACCUUUUGGUAUGUCUUGCCCCAUAACUAGAAACUAUAGAUCAGAUCCACCGGACGAGAAACUCCAUUCCGCACUGCUGCUGAGUCGUCGGACUUAUCCACCUCAGGGAUUCGUGGAAUUUCCGUUUUUUCAUUGCCGCGCGCCCCUUGGUACUAAGAGUCCUCUCACUACCAACCAGCAGACAUCAUCAUCUGGCUGGGUCUUGCCGGGGAGAUCAGAGCAACAGGGAACGCCUAGACGACGACGCCCGUCCUGGGCUGUAUCAGUAAGUAGAUCGAGAGGUCGUUCCGCCCCUUGUCCCCGAAGAUGGGUAAUAUGUUCUCAUACAAUGUUGCUCUAACUUUCUUCUAUAGGGCUAGCUGGCGAGCGAUCCCAGUCCGCGGCAGAGAACAAGACAGCAAGCGAGCGUACCUUUGUUCGCUUCUUCUCCACCAAGCACGGAAGUUUAAGGAUAACUGUAGGUCGGUGGCUACCUAAGGAAACUCCGAUUCGAUAAGCCCCCCGGCUGGGAGGCAUCUACCUCAUCCCGAUCACAAGGAGAGGUUCACCAUGA